AUGCAUCUAUGCAUAUUUCACUCUAUUUCCAUCAUGUUUACUUGGAUCAAGAAACGAUGCCGAAGAAACUCCGCACCAUCUUGCAUCUCCAACAAGAAAUCAAGACAUUCGCUCUACACUGAAAUUCCUACUGUUAAGUCACCAAACUUCUUUGAAUUAAAAGACGAACAAUUUCUGGACCAUUCAUAUGAAGAAAUCCCAGAAAUCAUACCAACUUCCUGUCUUACUACCGAACUGGCAAUGCAAGUUACCUCCCUUACUGAUCAGCUUCUGUCUGGAAUAUCCAGUGAUUUUGAUAAAUGUUUUAUCUGUGGUAAAAGUUCAUCGCCAGCUGAAAAUCUUUCUAAAGACACACUUUGUACCUGUUAUUCCGAACCUCUACAAGUUUAUGAAAACGAAUAUUCCGACAUCCCAUCCGGUCCCAGAAAACGUUCUUUCGAUGAUUACGACAUUCCAGUUCAAACUUACAGCUGCGACCACGUUUACCUUUCCUUAGCUACCAACAAACGUCGACGUUUAUUUAGAAGUCGUUCAGACAUCAGAAAACGACCAUUACCUGAACUUCCUCCAAGACAAGUACCGGAAGUAACUGAUGACGUCAGUGAUACUGAGAGCGACAGCAGUGGAUUUUAUGAAAAUAUUGACUCUGAUAGUGAUAGUUUUGUUGUUGGACCGUAUAUGUCAGAAUCCAUUUUAGUAUAA